CUUUCCCUUUCUGUUUUUAGUAAGAAAAACAACCAGUCAGCGUGAAGUGUAGUUUACCAGUUUAGUCAUGAUGGUAACGGUAGAAAGUUGAUGGCAGUAGAAAAUGCCAAACAACUCUUCUGAGUUCUAACGAUCCAAUUCUAAGUAACGUCUUAUAAAUCUUUGAAACUGCUGCAACAGAAGCGUCUCUUCCUCCUCCUCCUCCUUCAAUGGAGAAACCCACCACAAACCCACAAGAAGGUCUCACCACCACGUCCCCGGAUUCCGGACACAACAUCCCGAAAUCCGACGGCGGGACGGGAGGCACCAGACACCCGGUUUAUCGAGGCGUCAGGAAACGACGGUGGGGGAAAUGGGUUUCCGAAAUUCGGGAGCCUCGAAAGAAGUCCAGAAUAUGGCUUGGCUCUUUUCCCACGCCGGAGAUGGCCGCCAGGGCUUACGAUGUCGCUGCUUAUUGUCUCAAGGGACAUAAGGCUCUCCUCAAUUUCCCAGAGCAAGCGGAGCUGCUCCCACGCCCGUCCACAUGCACGGCCAGGGAUAUUCAGAUGGCAGCUGCGGCUGCAGCCAAGGCCAUAUUGUCAGAGAACAAGGGGAGCAGCAGCAACAACGAGAAAUCUGACAGCGAUGGCGAUGACUUCUGGGCUGAGAUUGAGUUACCGGAGUUGAUCAACGGUGAGAAGGCAGUUUGGUCGGAGACAGUCACAGAAUAUUUGCCGGAAUUAUGUUAUUGGAGUUGCUGUAAUUGGACGCGUUCCAGCAGCAGUACGACGUGGACGGAAUAAACGACCUUUGGCACUGGCGGAAGUACCAUUAGUCCAUUGCCAGAUAUAUGUCACACGGCUCUAAUGUGCACAGCUGUGUGUUUAGUACUCCGUACUUGCUCAUCCGCCAAAUUUCCCCCCAUUCCCCCUCCCCCUCCUACUUGUACGUACUACGUAAGUGGUGACUGGUGUGAAUCAUAAUACCGCAUUUUUAUUCCAUUUGGUUGUUUAUCUACUUAUCUAUUUCAUAAAUUUCCAUUUGUUUUGUACUAA